UGUCAUUACAAGCAAAUCAAUUAAAAACACAGAUUCCCAACACCAUGGCUUGCUGUGUUCCCUGCUGCUGCAGCGUCCCCACCGGCCCUGCCACCACCAUCUGCUCCUCUGACAAAUGCUGCCGGUGUGGAGUCUGCCUGCCCAGCACCUGCCCUCACACCACUUGGUUACUGGAGCCAACCUGCUGUGACAACUGCCCCCCACCCUGCCACAUUCCUCAGCCCUGUGUGCCCACCUGCUUCCUGCUCAACUCCUGCCACCCCACCCCAGGCCUGGAGACCAUCAACCUCACGACCUUCACUCAGCCCUCCUGUGAGCCCUGCAUCUCAAGCUGCUGCUGAAUGAUGGCUGCUUUGCUCCGUGCCUGACUUUGAAAGAAUCAACCCAGAAGCUUUAGCGUUCACCUGUCUCUGUACCUGCAACUAAUUGCCUCUGCUUUCCAAGUUGGAACAAGGAUGACGUUAUCCCUGCCAACCCUGGCUCAAAAAGAAACCAAGAGACUCUCAAUGGCCAAGUGGUAGAUAUUAGUGAUCAAGGGCAAUUUGAGUAGGUGGAUGCUAUUGGCUUCCCAAAGUUUUUCAUUUCCUAAUAUUAAAGAUUAUCUUUCUUUGGGUGCUUUGGGAAUUCUGUUUCCAGAGUCGGGUGGUAUCUUUCUGGAAACUGAGGAGCUUCUUGAUGAUCAUACAAUAAAUUUUACAUCUCUGGCAUAG